UCAAGUUCUAUGACAAGCACACCACCAAGUGACACUAACGCACCAAGGCAGAUGUGGAGUGACUGUCCAAAUUUCUGACAUAUCUGUGCCACGAUUUUCUAACGGAGUUUUUUUAAUACAUUCCUAGUAGUAGUGAAUAGCAGUGAAUAGCAGUGAAUAGUGAUUCUCAAAGAAGAGAGCAAGUUAUAAGACUUGUUUUCGAGUUUCAUUAGGUGCAAUCAUGAGUGAAUUAACUCCAGAAGAAAUGAGGCGAAGGCGAUUGGCCCGUUUAGCAGGUUUGGCAACAAAUGCUGGAACUAGCUCUAACAGUACUUCUGUUCCCACUUCUCCAGACACUCCAGGCCCUUCGAACAUUUCUCCCAGUUCUAUAAUAUCUCCCCCUCCACCUCUCGCCCCUCAGCAACAGCCCCCGAGUCAACAAGUUUCCAUGGACGUAGAUGAAAACAGUGAAAAACACUGCAACACUUCCGGCAUUGAUGUCGAUUCAGGAAUUGAAAAUAUGGAAGUCGAGGAGUCUGACAGAAAAGAAGCGACACCUAGAUCACGAACCACAAGUUCCAGUAUCGAAGUAACAGUGGAUCAAAUUCACGCCAUAAUAUCCCGUGUGCUCUGCGUGUCCUGGAAAGAAUCAACCGAAGGAUUUAUAUUUCUGCCCGAGACUGCAAAAAGCGUCCAAGCCCGGAAACAAAUGGACGCAUCGGACAUUAUAAACGAGGCAGUGGUGGAAGUCCUUCACAUGUUUUCACAAGGCGAGGACCCUUUAAAAGAGAUCACAAUGGACGUUUCCCUAGACCUCGAGGAAAGUCCAAACAGUCAAACGAGUCCUCUACUAAGUCCUAUCAUGACUCUACCCACCUGUCCACUUCCCGCGAUCUCCAGUAACAAAUCUCAACCGAAGAGUCUCACCUACUUGAUGGACAGCUACACACGAGUCGCUAUCGAGGAGAGAAAUCACCCAAAGAGAUCGAGCAUUCCUCCUCUUUCGGAAGUCCUCGCAAUCUUGCGAGCCCAAUGCAUUCAACACACCAGUCUCGUUCUCCAGGGCUUGAUCGGCCUCUCUCCAAACAGCUCGUCCCCGAUGAACACGUCGCCCCUUCUUUACGCGCUCCUCUCGCAAAAACUCCCUCGGGGCUUCCUGCACGAACUCGUCGCCCGGACACACACGAAUAGUCAAACGUUCAAUAAAAUCUUCACGCCACUUCUCCAGGGUCUCUACUUGUCGAUGCAGCAGGCCAGUAUGGUUGGGAACACCCAUCGGCGACCAAUCGAAGCCCUCGAGGAAUUGAUUGACAUUCGUGUGGGAACGAGUGGAACGAUCCGACCGAUCUGUCGACUCCUGACUCAUCAAAUUCAGUUCCUGCCCGAUGUGAUGACGAGUGCGGUCGGACGCGAAUUGGCGCGAACCUCCUUCCUCGGGCCGUUUCUCUCCGUCUCCGUCUUUGCCGAGGAUCAGCCGAAAGUUGCUGAGAAGUUUUUCAGCGGGAAUCCCUCUACGGACAAAUCGAUGAACCUAACUCUGCAGCAAGAACUCGAGAGCAUACGGACUUCACUUCACAAAAUGUUGCACGCAGUUCUCGCAAAUAGCAAUUGUCGCGAAGCUACGCUGGCUUAUCUUGCUGCUUUAUUGAGACACAACGAGAAGCGAACGCAGAUCCAGGCGGAGGAAUUCGCUCUCGCCGGGGACGGAUUCAUGCUGAACUUACUCUCCGUUUUGCAGAUGCUCUCAGUGAAGAUUAAACUGGACACGAUUGAUUCCCUCUAUCCCUUCCAUCCAAAUAGUUUUGUGGAAGUUAGCAAUGAGACAAGACUGAAGUUGAGUUCGCAGGAGGUCGCGGACUGGCUGAAAGAGCUGGAAAAUACGCACAAGUGGAGCGAGGCGAAAUUUCCGACCCAGUGCUGGUUCUUGACUCUACAUUGUCAUCAUGUGGCGCUUCUGCCGGCUCUGCAGAAGUAUCAGCGGAAGUUGAGAGCUCUCAGGGAUUUGCAGAAGAUGUUGGAUGAGCUGCAAGCGACUGAGUCGCAAUGGAAGGAUGCGCCUUUUUCUGGACGAAACAAGGAGUUGAUUAAGCGCUGGAAGCAGCAGCUGAAACGACUUGGCAAGUCGAAAUCUUGCGCUGACGCUGGAUUGGUGGAUCCUGUCUUGCUCAGGCGAUCACUUCAUUUCUACGCGUCCGUCGCCUCGAUUCUUCUUGGACUCUUGACGCAAACUGAACCCAACACCUCGAUUCCGGAACUUCCGCUUCCGCAGGAGAUUCCCAAUGUUUUCACGGCUCUUCCAGAGUGGUAUGUUGAGGAUAUUGCGGAAUUUUUGCUUUUCACACUGCAGUUCAGUCCUGGUGUUGUGGUCAACAAUAUGGACAAUUCACUGAUAACUUGGCUUCUGGUUGUCGUUUGCACGCCACACUGUAUUAGAAAUCCGUACCUCAUCGCCAAGGUCAUCGAAGUGCUUUUCGUAAUUAAUCCAAGUGUUCAGGGAAGAACUGAAGCCCUUCAUGAUCAAAUAAUGUCCCAUCCGAUCUCAAGGACACUCCUCGCCUCCUACCUGAUGAAGUUCUACACCGACGUAGAAACGACCGGUUCGAAUUCGGAAUUCUACGACAAAUUCUCAAUUCGCUAUCACAUAAGCUUGAUACUGAAGUCCAUGUGGGACAGUCCAGUUCAUCGAGCAGCGAUCGUCAACGAGAGCAACAACGGAAAACAAUUCGUCAAGUUCAUCAACAUGUUAAUGAAUGACACGACCUUUUUGCUCGACGAGAGCCUCGAGUCCCUGAAAAGAAUCCACGAGGUCCAGGAGCUGAUGUCCGACGUGAGUGGCUGGGCCGCCCUUUCACAGGAACAGCAGCAGUCUCGUUCACGACAAUUGACUGCUGAUGAACGCCAGGCCAGAUCUUAUCUGACUCUGGCAAAGGAGACUGUCGCCAUGUUCCAUUAUCUGACCGUUGAUAUCCGGGAACCCUUUCUGCGACCCGAACUUGUCGCCAGACUCAGUGCCAUGCUGAACUUUAAUUUGCAACAGUUGUGCGGACCCAAGUGCAAAAAUCUCAAGGUGAAAAAUCCACAGAAGUACGGCUGGGAACCAAGAAACUUGCUUAGUCAGCUCGUCGACAUUUACCUACAUCUUGACUGUGAUAAUUUCGCUGCGGCGUUAGCUAGUGACGAACGUUCUUUUUGUAAAGAGUUAUUUACGGACGCGGCCAACAGACUGCAAAAAUCGGCAAUAAAAACCACGACUGAGAUCGAGCAGUUCAAAGGAUUGGCUGAACGAGCUGCGGUUAUCGCGAGAGAUAAUCGUGCACGCGAUGAAGAUUAUGGUGACGCACCUGAGGAAUUUAGAGAUCCGCUCAUGGAUACGCUUAUGGAAGAUCCAGUCAAACUUCCGUCUGGAAUCGUUAUGGAUAAGGCUGUUAUAAUUAGACACUUGUUGAAUAGUGCUACUGAUCCCUUUAGUCGACAGCCUCUUAGCGAAGAUAUGCUCACACCAGUUGUCGAUUUAAAGGAAAGGAUAGCAGCCUGGAAGCAGCAGAAGAAAUCUGAGAAUAUAUAAGUGUCUUUCUAGAGAAGCUAAAUAGUUUUUUUUUAAGCCUAGUUGGGUUUUUUUUUCAACGCGGAAAGGAUGCAUUUUACCAUCUUGCAUCAAAUAUCGCUAUUCGCUCUAUUGUGCAAAAAUUGCGUUCUAUUGCGCAAAAUUGCGCUCUAUUGUGCAAAAUUGCGCUCUAUUGUGCAAAAUUGCGCUCUAUUGUGCAAAAUUGCGCUCUAUUGUGCAAAAAUUGCGCUCAAUAAAUUCACAUUUUUAUAACUGCAGCGACGAAACUGCCAAUAUUACUCAGAAAUCGAAAAUGAGGUCCGAAAUUGAGGGGCCGGUUCAGAAUAUUAAUUUAAAAAAUCCAUAUUCUUAUAAAAAAAUAUAAUUGCGCAUCGGUUUUAUUUGGACAGUGAAAAAAGACAAAAUCGCGCCAUCAAAUUUCCUAUAAGUAUACGUACUUUUAAAAUUAAAAUUCGAAACUUUUUUGAAAAGUGUCCAGAAGCUAAGCCCGUCUUGCGGGGGAAAAAAAAUUAUAAACGUUUCUAUAAUCUGGUCCCUCAAUUAUCUCUUUAAUUUACUGUUUAUCACGAUAAAUGAGAUCUCUUUUUUUUUUUUAAGUUACGCAAAGAUAAUUACAAUCGAAAAUCGGGAAAAAUCAUGUCUAUACCAAAUUUUCGAGAACUAAAAUUGUAAACAUUCAAAGACUUAGAGAGGCUUGUCCUUCAAUGCGUGUUUUACUUAAGAUAUGAUUUAAUUAAAAUUCACACGUGCAUUGUCAAAGGUUGCAUUAGUGAUGAAAACGUCUUCGGCCAAAGAAACGUUUUCCAAACAAAUAUUUGGUGUCUAUACAAUUAAAAAUUUAGGUAAGAAAAAAAGUUUUUGUUUUUAAAUAAUUAGUCAAAUUUUUUUUCACUUGUAUUUACAAUUAACAUCAAUAUAAAUUUAUCUUGAAAAGUAUCUCACUGUUUUUUUUUUUAAAUAUCGUUUUGUUGUAGCACUAAAAAAAUAAAUUAGGUAUACAAUUAUUUUCUAGUCGAAUGGGGUUAAUAAAUUGGUUGAGGAAUGAAUUAUAUUACACAUUCCAGAAUUUUAUUCAGAUGCCUGAGUCAAUUUUUGAGAGGGAAAUAAUUGAAAACGCGUAAUAAUAAACGUUCUAAUCGACUAAUGCAGCAAAUUAAACAAAAAGCAAAACUUGUUAGUAUUUCGUGGUGAAAAAAAUAAUGAGAAAUUUUCAAAAUAAUGUAAAUAAAAAGAAAGUAAGCAAUCAAAAUUGGCUCGGACGAAAACUCUUAACCGAUUGAAAUUAGAAAGAAAAUUGGUUGAGCGAUUGUUGGUAAAUCGGGGGGGAAAAAAUCGAGUGUUUUAAGCUGAA